UUCAUUUCUCCCCCCUCAUUCUUUUAUCUCUCCAUCCAUCCUCACUCCCUCAAACAUCAUCAUCAUCAUCAUGGCCAACAUCGACCCCCGGGGAGUGCUCUUCCCCGCCUACGUGGACCAGGUGGCCGAGGCCCAGCCCGAGGCCAUCUACGCAGAAUUCCCCAACCACCCCCUGAGCUACGACUACGGCUUCCGCAAGAUCACCUACCGCGACCUGGCCAAUGCCAUCAAUGGCGUCGCCAAAUGGCUGAUCGAGACCCUGGGACCCGGUCAGGACGAAGUGCUCGCCUACUUCGGGCCCACCGAUGUCCGAUACCCCGCCCUGGUGUUCGGAGCUCUGAAGGCGGGAUACGUCAUGUACCUCCCCUCGCCGCGCAACAGUCCCGCCGCGCACCGCCAUCUCCUCCAGACGCUGAACUGCACCAAGCUGCUCGUCACGACCCCCCGUCCCCCGCCCGUCGCGGGCAUCAUCGCCGCCGCCCCUCUCGACGUGUUCGAGCUCCCCGGCGUCAACGACUUGCUCGGCACGACGCACCCGCACAUCCCCUUCACCAAGACCUACCCUGCCGCUGCGGACGAGCGCUGCGUGAUUGUUCACACUUCCGGCUCCACGGGCAUCCCCAAGCCCAUCAUCUGGACCCACGAGUCCAUCAUGCGGUACUACAACAUGGCGGGCCUCGCCGCCCCCGAGGGUGACUUUAACCAGUGCGACUUGACCCAGGGCAAGCGCCAAUUCCUGUGCCUGCCGGCCUUCCACUCUGGCGGGUUGGCCAGUCUGAGCUUCAUGGCCGUUCCCUCGGGCAUGACCAGCGUCUGUCCCAUCUCGGGCAUCCCCACGGCCGCCGGCAUGGUCGCGGCGUUGAAGAAGACCCCCUUCGACGUCGCCCUGGUGCCCCCCUCCGUCAUUCUGGAACUGGCCGCCGCCCCGGACCUCCUGGACUACGUCAGCCAGCACAUGAGCCACCUGGGCUACUGCGGCGGGGAUCUCCCCCAGGCCGUGGGCGAGCUCGUCGCGUCGCGCAUCCCCCUCAUCAAUCACUAUGGCGCCUCGGAGAUGGGCAUGCUGCACUUGAUCCAGUCCCCCCACCGCGACCCCCUGACGGACUGGGGAUACGUCCAGGUGCACCCCGGCCUGGGCAUCGAGUUCCGCCCCACCACCGCGACGGAAUCCGAGCUGGUGAUGGUGCACCGGCCAGAGCUCACGUCCUUCCAGAUGCCGCCGACCAUUUUCCCCGGCAUCGAAGAGUACCACAGCCAGGACCUCUUUGUGCGGCACCCCGACCCUGCGAAAGCCGAUCUCUGGCGCUGGAGUGCCCGUCUGGACGACAUCAUCACCUUCCUCAACGGCGAGAAGACCAACCCCAUCUCCAUGGAGCAGCACAUCGUGGCCAGCAACCCGGACGUGUCCGUGGCGCUGCCCAGCCCUGAGCCCCCAGCAGCGCGCCGACGCCAUCGAGCGGCUGUGGCCCAGCAUCGAGGCCGCCAACGCCGAGUGCCCGGCCCACGCCCGCAUCACCAAGACGCACAUCCUGUUCACCAGCCCGGACAAGCCCUCCCGCGCUCCGGCAAGGGCACCGCCCAGCGCGCCGCCACUCUGGCGCUGUACGCCCCGGAGCUGGACGCCCUGUACGCCGACGCCGACACCCUAACCGUGCGCGACGGCCCCAGCACCGGCCCUGGGCCCGUGGAUGACCCUGCCGCCAUCUCCGCCUUCAUCGAGACGUCCCUCCUGGCCGUCACCGGCUGGACCCCCGACGCCCUGUCCGCGGAGAGCUUCUUCCACUCCGGCCUCGACUCCCUGCAGAUCCUCACCCUCUCGCGCACCCUGCGCAACGGCCUGCAGCUGCCCGAGAUCAUCCCCAACCUGAUCUACCGCCACCCGAACUGCAAUCCCAACUCCAACCCUCCCCUCCUCCUCCUCCUCCUCCCAUCCCCCUCCCAACCCCAAACCAUCAUCCUCACCGGCUCCACCGGCACUCUGGGAAGCUACCUCCUCGCGGCCCUCCUCAACAACCCUAACAUCAGCCACAUCCACUGCCUGAACCGCAACCCCUCCGCAUGCAGCAUCCAACAAUCGCAAGCCCUGAAAUUCCACCUGCCCGCGCUCUCCCCCUCCGACCCGCGCCUCACCUUCCACACAACCGACCUCACCCGUCCCGACCUGGGCCUCUCCCCCUCCACCCUACAAACCCUCCGCACCACCACCACCACCCUCAUCCACAACGCCUGGACAGUCAACUGGCUGCUGCCCCUCCAGUUCUUCAAGCCCCUUCUCACGGCCACACUCAACCUACUCAACUUCUGUGCCGAUGCCCCCUCCUCCCCGCACUUCUUCUUCCUUUCCACCGUGGGCUCCGUCACCCCGUCCACAUCCCCCUCCAUCCCGGAGCAAAUCGUCACCACUACCCUCCCCGCGGCGAACGCCUACUCAAACAGCAAGUACAUCGCAGAGCACCUCAUCGCCUCCGCCACAGCCAGAUCCCCUUCUCUCCGCGCGUCUAUCGCCCGCGUCGGACAGGUCGCCGGUGCGGUCCGCGCACCCGGUCUCUGGUCCCGAACAGAAUGGUUCCCCAGUCUCGUUCGCUCCGCCGCCCAUCUCCGUGCCCUGCCGGAUUCCCUCGGUCCCAUGAGUAAUCUCGACUGGGUCCCGAUUGAUCUCCUCGCCGAUGUGCUCGUCGAACUGGCCGUAUCCCCUGUUCCGUCUGCAGAGGAGGAGGAGGAGGAGGAGGAGGGCAGCGAGGGUAAGGGUAACUUGAACGUGUAUCAUCCGCACAACACCCACAAGGUGCAGUGGACUACUCUCCUCCCGACUAUCGCCUCUGCUCUUCCCGAUCCCGAAUCCUCUUCCUCUCCGAUGGAAACUAUCCCCCUGGCGGAAUGGAGAGCGCGCGUCGCCGCUGACGUGGCGAAGACCGCGGGCGACGCGCCAGACAACCUGCAGAUCGUCCUGGAGCGGAAUCCCGCGGCCAAGUUGGCGGAUUUCUGGAGCGUGUUGGAGGGGGUUGGUGCCGAGGGGUCGGUCAUGGUGUUUGAGACGGAGAGGACGCAGAGGGUCAGUGGGUUGUUGGGCGGCGUGGAGGGGGUCAAGGGGGGUUGGGUGGAGAAGUGGGUGGGGGAGUGGUUUGCUUGA